UGUGUGUGUGUGUGUGUGUGUGUGUGUGUGUGUGUGUGUCCGUUCAGCAUGAUGCCUGCUUCUGAUAGUCUUGAGUCUAGCAGCAGGAGUGGAUCAUCAUGAGAGGGGGUCACCACCAGCGAGGGUGUGGGUGUCAGCACCUGUUCAGAAAACUUCUCAACAAAUGUGGUUGCUGCUUUGUUCGAGAUAGAGCAGAGUCGUACUCUGUGGCGGGCAGCACCGGCAGCAUCACCCCAUCGGUGGGCCCUGGCCCCCACCAAGCCUCAGGCAGCUCCAGCCCCGGCUCACACUCCUCGUCUGGAGGAUCCCGGCACCCCGUCAGUACUCUCAAGAAAUGGCUUACCAAUCCCAUCCGCAAGCUGAGCUCUGAUGCCAGAGGAGGAGCGGGAAAAGUGGAGAAGCAGAUGUGCAGGUCAGACGGGAGGCAGCCGCCAUCGCUCCUUUCCCACAGUGAAACUCAGCCGAGGCCUCUGGAACCGCAGGACAACUACACCAUCCUACCGUCAGGAGAUCCGGUGUGGACGGAUGGUGUGUUGAGUCCUGCAGCUCCUCCUACACAGCCGCCCUGUCAGAGCUACUUAUCUGACCUCCGGCAAGGCAGAGACCCUCAGACUCCAAGUCAUAGAUCCAGCAUCAACACUCUCCAGGGGGAAGACGGCUGCACUGUGACUGACGACUCAGCUAGCCAGUGGUCUGCGACAGUGGAUAGCGAGGAGGAGAGAAACAUUGCCCUAGAGAAGAGCAUAUACGUGCUGACAGAGCUGAUAGAGACCGAAAGGUUGUAUGUGGAAGAUCUUGGACUCAUAGUGCAGGGCUAUAUGGGCACUAUGGUCAAUCAAGGAGUUCCAGAGGACCUGAAAGGGAAGGACAGGAUUGUGUUUGGAAACAUCCACCAGAUCUACGACUGGCAUAAGGAUUAUUUCCUGGGAGAGUUGGAGAAAUGUGUGGGUGACCCAGACAGCCUGGCCCAGCUCUUCAUCAAACAUGAACGGCGUCUUCACAUGUAUGUGGUUUACUGUCAGAACAAACCCAAAUCAGAACACAUUGUCUCUGAGUUCAUUGAGACAUACUUUGAGGAUCUCAGGCAGCUGUUGGGUCACAGGUUGCAGCUCAAUGAUCUGCUCAUCAAACCUGUUCAGAGGAUCAUGAAGUAUCAACUUCUGCUGAAGGACUUCCUGAAGUACUACAGCAAAGCAGGACGGGAUGUUGAGGAGCUGCAGAGGGCGGUGGAGGUGAUGUGUUUUGUGCCAAAACGCUGUAAUGAUAUGAUGAAUGUGGGAAGGCUCCAAGGUUUUGAGGGGAAAAUCACGGCUCAGGGGAAGCUGCUGCAACAGGAUACCUUCUCCGUCAGCGAGCAGGAAAGCAGUUUCCCCUCUAGAGCGAAGGAGAGGAGGGUCUUCCUGUUUGAGCAGCUGGUCAUCUUCAGCGAGCCAAUUGAUAAGAAAAAGGGCUUCUCUUUGCCAGGGUACACUUUUAAGAACAGCAUCAAGGUCAGCUGUUUGGGAGUGGAGGAGCACUCUGAAAUUAAUCCAUUCUGUCUGGUCCUGACCUCCCGUGGGACUGAUGGCAGUGUGACGCGCUUCAUCAUGCAGGCAUCAUCUCUGGAAAUACAGCAAGCUUGGCUCGAUGACGUGGUCCAGAUCUUAGAGACUCAGAGGAACUUCCUAAAUGCCCUUCAGUCUCCGAUAGAGUACCAACGCAGGGAAAGUAAUUCAAACAGCCUGGGCAGGAACGAGAAGCCUCCAACUGCGUCAGCAUCUGGCCUGCGACCUCACUCCUCUGCAUCCAUGGACCGACGCCAUCAGCCCUGCCUGCUGACUUACAACACCUCCCUGCCCUCUCUGCAUCCACCACACCACAGCCCGGCCUUGAAGGUGCUCUCUGAUCCCUGUGCUGCUACACCUGAAGCAGCUCUGCCUCCACUUCCCUCCCACCAGCAGCUGGGUUUGUGCACAGAGGGGAGACAUGCCCGCUGGACGUCCAAUGGCCUGCCUCCCUGCAGCCAGCACAGCGUUCAGGGUGUGACUGCCAGUUUCCAGGCAACAGCAUUAAACGAGGAUACACAUCGGCCAAACAAUAUGGAUCAGCUGAAGGAGAGCGAGCAGUAAUGACCUGCUGUGACGAAUGCACUUGCUUUACCUUCCUGAUGUAGGAGUGCCUCGACUGCGUCAGAAUGCUCCAUCAGCAUUGUUUGUGUCACUUCUGUGCAGAAGUCAUCAAGGUCUCAGUGUCUCCAAUCUUCACAUUUUAUCUUAUAUUCCCCCUCUUAAAUUCCUUCAAAUAGCAGCAGGGUUUAGGCUAACCUCGAUUUUAUAUUUGUAAUAAUAUUGGUUCAACUGUAAACCUACACAUGUCUACAGAUGGUGAUGACAGAUGAGAAGAAAUGUGUGAAAAUAUGCUUUUGAAGCACAACAGAGACUGAACUUCAUAUUGUAUAUAUAUAUAAAUUUCUUACUUUUUCCAUUGAAAAUUAGUGAAUGGAUAUUUUUGUAAUGCUUAAUAUUUUCAUAAGGGACCACCUCCACUUCAGUCCCCCUGAGGACUCUGAUCUCCAAUCCCUUUACGCAUUCAUGCUAUGUGUUAUCAAAAUAGACUGCUGGUUCUAGCUUCACUGUGUGCUCUGAAUCCAUAAGAGUUUUGUAUGUCUGUGCGUUCCCUGCAGAUUAGCAAAUUGCUGUGUUUUCCCUUUGGUGGGCUAUUUUAACCCUGCCAUUGUUAGACUGUUAUCUGAACGAAACACAUUAGCAAACUCACACAAAGCUCACGUCCCAAUGAAGCAGACAGAGAAAAAAAGGGAACAGAGAAAAAACAGGGGUGCUCACCUUUCACUGUCAUCUUGAAUGUAAAUAAUUUCAUGUGGGAUCUUAUCAUUAAAACUCUUUGACUUUUGUUCUCUUGAUAAACACAAAGAAUUAAAGAGGAAUGCUGUUCAGUUGUGGUCAUUA